AUGCCAAGCAAGAAGACACCGUCAAAUUCCUCUACUCCCGCUCGUCGCAGGCAAAUCUCUUGUACCAGUCCAAGAGAAGACCACAAAGAUCCACAAGGUAACUUUGGAGAACGGAAAUUACCAGAUAACACCACAAGUGAACCAGUAAGUUGUCGUACGGACGUACAUAAGACUUACGAGGUAUCAGGAGGAAAUACAACUUGUUCGAAAUUUAGCGAAAACUUGAUUCAUGCUUUAACAUACACCACCGAUGGCAAGACUGCCGACGAUGAUUAUUUGAAGAGGAUUAUGGAUGACUUUCAGGUUGUUUAUCCUGGGACGUAUGGGAAUGGAUCAAGGUGGAUGCAGUAUUAUCGUGAGAAUAGAGGAAGUUAUAUGGCCAGGAUAAAGAAGUCACGAAAAGAUGGUAGCCUGGGUACAGAUACACAGAUAGGGAGAGCUGAUAGACGCAUCGGGGAUACCCAUCCUGUUAGAUCCACUCUGUUCUCGGAUAAUACAGCUGAACAGGACAGACCUGCCAUCCUUUGGCCAAGGGACCUUCUCCCAGAAACACUACACCCCUCUGGCGACGAAGGGAUCGAUCCUAUGUCGUAUACUCAUAUGGCAUUCACCCAUAUUGCCAAUGGUCCCAAUACUCAGAGCUUCACUCGGCCGGCCUUUCCUGGGUCAAAUUCAGACCCGAUUUUCUGCACUUCGCAUAAUGACAUAGAACGCAAUAUCGUUUUCGAGAAUCAAGGAUAUCAAGAUCAUGUGAUCUUUUCGGAACAGAUGAUUUCUAUUCUCCCCAGUCAGGAUUAUCUCCAGAAUAUGAACGGUCACCCAGCUCAUCCCCUCUCUAUGUAUGAUCCAAUGCAUCCUGGAGACACAGGCAUGCCAAUGAUCAUUGGAGAUUCUGAUGUCAAUCAAACCUUGGCUAGUCAUGGUAACAUUGGGGUUUCAAGUCGGAAUCCAUAUUCCCUGCCUACUACUUGGGAUGGCCAAUGCAGUCAGGUCUCAAGGGGUGGGGAGGGAAACAACCAUAUCUACCAGGGCUAA